GUCGUUUGCUGUUCUCUGGUGUUCAGUAAAUCAAUUCAAUUGUUUAACUCAUCAACAACAAUCAUAACAACAACAAUCAGUAUGCAAAGGCUAUUGUUGCUCUGUGCGCUGCUGGGCGGCGUCGCCGCAGGACGCAUCCUGCAGCGUGACAUGAACACGGUUGGGCAGCGCAUUGAGCGCAUGUCCUCGCAGGACUUGUUGCGCCAGAAGUUCUUGCUGGACAUUGUGCAGCGUGUGCAGCAGCCGCUGCAGCUGCAGGAGCUCAUCCAGCUGGACCAAGGACUCAUUACCGAUGCUCAGCGCUAUCGCGGCGGCAUUGAUACGGAGAUGCAGCGCGUCAUUGAGCUCGAUCGCCAGCGCGCGCUGUUGGGCAUCAAUGACAAUUGCAACAUUGGCAACAUGUUGCAUGUGCAGCAGCUGCGUGGCAUCUAUCGCCUGCUGGUGCGUGCCCUGGACUUUGACACACUGCAGCGCAAUGUAAUCUAUCUGCGCCGCAACAUUAAUCCCGUGCUGCUGAUCAAUGCUCUGACCAUGGCCAUACGUGAUCGCGACGAUACUCAGUCGCUGAUCAUGCCCGCCAUGCAGGAGAUUCUGCCAGAGCUGUACUUGGAUCAGCAGGUGAUUGAGCGCGCGCAGCGUCUGCAACUGGACACGGAGCAAAGUGUGCGUCCCGGCAUUAUGGACCUGGUGGGUCUGGGCCAGCGCAUGCGUCAGGUUAAUCCGAUUAUGAAUAUUGUCAUGCCCUGGCGCGAUCUGCGCAUGCAAAUGGCGCUGAGAAAGCAGCAACUGCUGCCCCAGCUCAAUCGCGUCAUUGUGCCCACGCAGUCUGUGGAGGAGGAGCACAUUGGUUUGUUAACCGAAGACAUUGGCCUGCGCAGCUUUAUACAGACGCUCAUCCAGGAGUUGGCUGUGCAUGUGGACAUCAGCGAACAAAGACGUCGCACCAUUGGCAACGUACGUGACAUAAACAUGGAGCAGCGUCUUGUGGAUGUGGAUGACAUGGACAACGAUCGCUUGAUGCGUCUUAAUCGCAGACGCAUGCAGCAGCAACAAAACAUCGAUGUUGACAUUACCGAUCAAAGACGCCGCACAAUUGGCAACGUACGUGAUGUGGAUGUGGAUGACAUGGACAAUGAUCGUUUGAUGCGCCUCAAUCGCAGACGUAUGCAGCAGCAGAACAUCAAUGAUGACGACGACAGCAUCAACAACAUUAACCAACGCGAGCGUGACGAGCUGCAUCGUGUGCCUCUGGAGCGUAUUUACGGCCAGAACAUUGGCAGCAACAUCUUUGGCACCCGUCGCAAUGUGGAGAGCCAGCUGAACACUGUGGACAGCAACAACGAGCGUCUGCUGCAUGUGGGUCGCCGCCGUCAGCAGCUCAACCAGGAUGACGUGUCGCUGAAUGAGAACCAACGCACACGUAUGCUGGACCAAGAUCGUCUAAUCAACAGCCGCUUCGGCAACAUGGACAUCGACAAUGAGCGUCUGUUGCACAUUAACCGCCGUCGACUGGAUGACUCUAUGGACAACAUGACGCCACGCCGCAUUGGCCGCAUUGGCGAGGGCCGCCGUGUCGUGGACAACGAUGAUGACAUCACCAGCUAUAUGCGCAAUCGCUUUGAUGAUGAGGACAACAUGGAUAUGCUGCGUCGCAAUCGCGUCUUUAAGGUGCCCACUCAGCAGGAGCGCUUCAUGCGUGUGCUGCAGAACGAUAUUGAGCGCAUGGGCAACACGCGUGACUCCAACAUUAAUGAUCUGCCCACUGUAGCACGCGACGAUGAGCGCUUGGUGCACAUCAACAGACGCCGCAUGGAUCAGUCCGAUAGCAUGACGCCACGCAGCCGUUUGAACUACUUGAUGCCUCGUCGCGUUGAACGCAUUGGUGAGGGUCGCCGUGUGCUGGACGAGAAUGUGCUGAUUGGCAAAUACAAUCGCCAGGAUCAGCGUGUCGAUCAGUUCGAGGAUGAGGACAUUAUGAGCACGCUGCGUCGCAAUCGUCUGGUGAAGAACCCAACGGAACAGCAACGCUUUAUGAAUGUUGUGCGCGGAGAUCGCAGAAUUGAGGGAGUUAGCAAUAUGCGUGACAGCAACAUCAAUGAUCUGCCCACUGUGGCACGCGAUGAUGAGCGCCUGGUGCACAUCAACAGACGCCGCCUGGAUCAAGGCAUGAGUCCCAUGCGCGUGCAACGCAUUGGUGAGGGCCGUCGUGUGCUGGACGAUGAAGUCAUGAGCGAGGAGCAGAUUGCCAAGCUCAUACGCAGCGACAAUCGCCUGACACAGCUCAGCGAGGAGGAGAUCAUCGAGCUGCUGCGUCAGCAGCGCCUGCGCAGGCAGCAAGUGAACGAGGAUGGCAUUGAGCGUGGCAUACGCAGCCGUCGCAGUGUGGUCAACCAGAUUGAGGAGCGUCGUCCACGCAGCAGCGAGGUGCUGUUGCAGAAUCUCAGACAGUUGCUGGCACGCCUGAACCAGGAGCGCAUUUCACUGCGUCUGGGCAAUGAUGAGGGUGAUAAUCUCGGCUUGCUGUAUCCACAGAACCAGGCACAACGCUAUGCAUUGCGCUUGAAUGAGAUGCGCAUGGAAUCGCGUCGCAAUCGUCAGAUGCUGGAGCAGAUAAACCAAAUCGAGAGUCGUCUGCAGCAGGUGAUUAAUCAGCAAGUGCGUGGCAUCGACAUCAACAACGGCAUGCAGCUGGAGCAGCAGCAGGAAGUGGAGUGCAUGAUUGGCGAUGUGCUCAUGGGUCAUCUGGGCGAGGUUGGCAUUAUCAACAUUUUAGGUGAGCUGCUGCAGCUGGAUGAGCUGCGUCUGAACAAUCCCGUGCUGCUGCACACGCUGCGUCGCAUUGUCAACAUUGUGGAUCAGCAGCGGGAGCAGCUGUUGGGCGUCUAUCGUCGCGAGCAACUGCUCAUGUCCGAUGUGAGCAUCAACGAUGUGCGCGUCAGCAAGCUGCGCACUCGCAUUGAGGACUUCGAUGUGGAGCUGAACAACAUGUUGGAGCAGACACAGCAGACUAUAGUGGCGCGUCAGCAGCGCCUCAACAACAAGCCCUUCACCAUUGAUAUGGACAUCAGCUCGCAGCGUGCACAGGAUGUCAUCAUACGCGUAUUUUUGGGUCCACGCCAGGAUGUCAAUGGCCGUGAUGUGAGCCUGGAGCAGCGUCGCGCUGAUUUUGUGCUGCUCGACGCUGUCAAUCGUCAGCUGCAAUCUGGCCGCAAUCUCAUCCAGCUGCGUUCCGCCGACAUUACCUGGACUACACGUGAUGUGACGCCUCUAAGCGAGAUCUAUCGCCGUGUGAUGACUGCGUUGCGUGGCCAAUCGGAUGAGCUGGUUAUAUCCGAGAUGGUGGGUGAGACUGGUUGCUUCCCGCAGCGUCUGCUGCUGCCACGUGGACGUGUCGAGGGUCUGCCCAUGCAGCUGCUGGUUAUAGUGUCGCCCAUGCAGCGUCAAGGCCGCGUGGAGCGCCGCAUUGAUGGCGUUAUUGGCAUCAGCUUGGCUUCGCUAAUGGACAGCCGUCCGCUAGGCUUCCCGCUGGAUCGUCGCAUUGAGAGCGAGCAGCAGCUGCUGCAUCUGUCCAAUGUCCAAAUCCAGGAUGUGGUCAUAGUGCAUGAUAACUAAAACUCC